AUGAUUAAGCAACAGCGAAUCUCUCUCGCAGAUUAUUCCUAUCCUAUCAGUCUCUCUCUCUCUCUCUCUCUCUCUCUCUCUCUCUCUCUCUCUCUCCGUCUCCUUCCUAAUUUCUCUCGCUCUGUCUCCUUCCCAGUCUCUCUCUCUCACUAUCUCUCUUUCCAUCCCCUUCCUAGUUCUCUAUCUCUCUGUCUCCUUCCUAGUCUCUCUCUCUCCGUCUCCUUCCUAGUCUCUCUCUCCGUCUCCUUCCCAGUCUCUCUUUCUCCGUCUCCUUCCAGUCUCUCUCUCCCCUCUCUGUCUCUCUCCGUCUCUUUCCUAAUCUCUCUCUCUCUCUCCGUCUCUUUCCUAGUCUCUCCCUCCGUCUCCUUCCUAGUCUCUAUCUCUCUUCUUUCUCUCUCCAUCUCCUUCCUAGUCUCUCCCUCCGUCUCCUUCCUAGUCUCUCUUUCUCCGUCUCCUUCCAGUCUCUCUCUCCCCGUCUCCUUCCUAGUCUCUCCCUUCGUCUCCUUCCUAGUCUCUCUUUCUCCGUCUCCUUCCAGUCUCUCUCUCUCUCCCCGUCUCCUUCCUAGUCUCUCUGUCUCUCUCCGUCUCUUUCCUAAUCUCUCUCUCUCCGUCUCCUUCCUAAUCUCUCUCUCUCUCUCCGUUUCCUUCCUAUCUCUCUUUCUCCGCCUCCUUCUUAGUCUCUGUCUCGCAGGCUUCUAUCUAGUCUCUCUCUCUCUCUCUUUCCGUCUCCUUUUUAGUGUCUCUCUCUCUGUCUGUGUUUACUUCAUAGUCUCUCUCUCUCUUUCUCUCUCUCUCUCUCUCUCUCUUGCUCCCUGUUUAGGCCGGCGAUCGCUAGUUUUGAGACCAGAGAUAAAAGAACUUCAAUACGACAUGUCGACAUAUUCUAUCUAUCCAAUGGGGGUCACCCCCUCCCUUGCUUUCUCUUUUCAUUCUUUCUUGCUUCCUUUCCUUUCUCUUUCAUUCUUUCUUGCUUCCUUCCUUUCUCUUUCAUUCUUUCUUGCUUGCUUGCUUUCUCUUUCAUUCUUUCUUGCUUCCUUCCUUUCUCUUUCAUUCUUUCUUGCUAGCUUGCUUUCUCUUUCAUUCUUUCUUGCUUCCUUCCUUUCUCUUUCAUUCUUUCUUGCUAGCUUGCUUUCUCUUUCAUUCUUUCUUGCUUCCUUCCUUUCUCUUUCAUUCUUUCUUGCUAGCUUGCUUUCUCUUUCAUUCUUUCUUGCUUCCUUCCUUUCUCUUUCAUUCUUUCUUGCUUCCUUCCUUUCUCUUUCAUUCUUUCUUGCUAGCUUGCUUUCUCUUUCAUUCUUUCUUGCUUCCUUCCUUUCUCUUUCAUUCUUUCUUGCUUGCUUGAUUUCUCUUUCAUUCUUUCUUGCUUCCUUCCUUUCUCUUUCAUUCUUUCUUGCUUGCUUGCUUCCUUUCUCUUUCAUUCUUUCUUGCUUCCUUCCUUUCUCUUUCAUUCUUUCUUGCUUGCUUGCUUUCUCUCUUUCAUUCUUUCUUUCUGGCUUGCUUUCUCUCUUUCAAUCUUUCUUGCUUGCUUGCUUCCUUGCUUGCUUUCUCUCUUUCAUUCUUUCUUGCUUGCUUGCUUCCUUGCUUGCUCUCUUUCAUUCGUUCUUGCUUGCUUCCUUCGUUUUCUCUUUCAUUUUUUCUUGCUUGCUUGCUUUUUUUUUUCAUUUGUUCUUGCUUGCUUGCUUCCUUUUUUCUUUUUCUUCUUUCUUGCUUCCUUCCUUUCUCUUUCAUUCUUUCUUGCUUGCUUGCUUUCUCUUUCAUUCUUUCUUGCUUCCUUCCUUUCUCUUUUCAUUCUUUCUUGCUUGCUUGCUUUUUUCUUUCAUUCUUUUUUUUUCUGGCUUGCUUUCUCUCUUUCAAUCUUUCUUGCUUGCUUGCUUCCUUUUGCUUUCUCUCUUUCAUUCUUUUUUGCUUGUUUGCUUCCUUGCUUGCUCUCUUUCAUUCGUUCUUGCUUGCUUCCUUCGUUUCUCUUUCAUUCUUUCUUGCUUGCUUUUUUUUUUUCAUUUGUUCUUGCUUGCUUGCUUCCUUUCUCUUUCAUUCUUUCUUGCUUCCUUCCUUUCUCUUUCAUUCUUUCUUGCUUUGCUUUCUCUCUUUCAUUCUUUCUUGCUUCCUUCCCUUUCUCUUUCAUUCUUUCUUGCUUGCUUGCUUUCUCUUUUCAUUCUUUCUUUUCUUCCUUCCUUUCUCUUUCAUUCUUUCUUGCUUGCUUGCUUUCUCUCUUUCAUUCUUUCUUUCUGGCUUGCUUUCUCUCUUUCAAUCUUUCUUGCUUGCUUGCUUCCUUGCUUUGCUUUCUCUUUCAUUCUUUCUUGCUUGCUUGCUUCCUUGCUUGCUCUCUUUCAUUCGUUCUUGCUUGCUUCCUUCUGUUUCUCUUUCAUUCUUUCUUGCUUGCUUGCUUUUUUUUUCAUUUGUUCUUGCUUGCUUGCUUCCUUUCUUUUCAUUCUUUCUUGCUUCCUUCCUUUCUCUUUCAUUCUUUCUUGCUUGCUUGCUUUCUCUCUUUCAUUCUUUCUUGCUUCCUUCCUUUCUCUUUCAUUCUUUCUUGCUUGCUUGCUUUCUCUCUUUCAUUCUUUCUUUCUGGCUUGCUUUCUCUCUUUCAAUCUUUCUUGCUUGCUUGCUUCCUUGCUUGCUUUCUCUCUUUCAUUCUUUCUUGCUUGCUUGCUUCCUUGCUUGCUCUCUUUCAUUCGUUCUUGCUUGCUUCCUUCGUUUCUCUUUCAUUCUUUCUUGCUUGCUUGCUUUUUUUUCAUUUGUUCUUGCUUGCUUGCUUCCUUUCUCUUUCAUUCUUUCUUGCUUCCUUCCUUUCUCUUUCAUUCUUUCUUGCUUGCUUGCUUUCUCUCUUUCAUUCUUUCUUGCUUCCUUCCUUUCUCUUUCAUUCUUUCUUGCUUGCUUGCUUUCUCUCUUUCAUUCUUUCUUUCUGGCUUGCUUUCUCUCUUUCAAUCUUUCUUGCUUGCUUGCUUCCUUGCUUGCUUUCUCUCUUUCAUUCUUUUUUCUUGCUUGCUUGCUUCCUUUGCUUGCUCUCUUUCAUUCGUUCUUGCUUGCUUCCUUCGUUUCUUUUCAUUCUUUCUUGCUUGCUUGCUUUUUUUUUUUAUUUGUUCUUGCUUGCUUGCUUCCUUUCUCUUUCAUUCUUUUCUUGCUUCCUUCCUUUCUCUUUCAUUCUUUCUUGCUUGCUUGCUUUCUCUUUUUCAUUCUUUCUUGCUUCCUUCCUUUCUCUUUCAUUCUUUCUUGCUUGCUUGCUUUCUCUCUUUUCAUUCUUUCUUUCUGGCUUGCUUUCUCUUUCAAUCUUUCUUGCUUGCUUGCUUCCUUGCUUGCUUUCUCUUUCAUUCUUUCUUGCUUGCUUGCUUCCUUGCUUGCUCUCUUUCAUUCGUUCUUGCUUGCUUCCUUCUUUCUCUUUCAUUCUUUCUUGCUUGCUUGCUUUUUUUUUCAUUUGUUCUUGCUUGCUUGCUUCCUUUCUCUUUCAUUCUUUCUUGCUUCCUUCCUUUCUCUUUCAUUCUUUCUUGCUUGCUUGCUUUCUCUUUUCAUUCUUUUCUUGCUUCCUUCCUUUCUUUUCAUUCUUUCUUUUGCUUGCUUGCUUUCUUUUUCAUUCUUUCUUGCUUCCUUUCUCUUUCAUUCUUUCUUGCUUGCUUGCUUUCUCUCUUUCAUUCUUUCUUUUCUGGCUUGCUUUCUCUUUUUCAAUCUUUUCUUGCUUGCUUGCUUUUGCUUGCUUUCUCUCUUUCAUUCUUUUUUUUGCUUGCUUGCUUCUCUCUUUCAUUCUUUCUUGCUUGCUUCCUUUUUCUCUUUCAUUCUUUCUUUUGCUUUCUUUUUUUCAUUUGUUCUUGCUUUCUUCCUUUCUUUUCAUUCUUUCUUGCUUUCUUUUUUUUUUUCAUUCUUUCUUUCUUGCUUGCUUCCUUUCUAUUUCAUUCUUUUUUUGCUUGCUUGCUUGCUUUUUUUUUCAUUCUUGCUUGCUUCCUUCGUUUCUCUUUCAUUCUUUCUUGCUUGCUUUUUUUUUCAUUUGUUCUUGCUUGCUUGCUUCCUUUCUUUUCAUUCUUUCUUGCUUUCUUUUUUCUCUUUCAUUCUUUCUUUCUUGCUUGCUUCCUUUCUAUUUCAUUCUUUUUUGCUUGCUUGCUUGCUCUCUUUCAUUCGUUCUUGCUUGCUUCCUUCGUUUCUCUUUCAUUCUUUCUUGCUUGCUUGCUUUUUUUUCAUUUGUUCUUGCUUGCUUGCUUCCUUUCUCUUUCAUUCUUUCUUGCUUGCUUGCUUCCUUUCUCUUUUAUUCUUUCUUUCUUGCAUGCUUCCUUUCUUUCUUGCUUCCUUUCUCUCUUUCAUUCUUUCUUUCUUGCUUCCUUUCUCUCUUUCAUUCUUUCUUUCUUGCUUUCUUUUUUCUCUUUCAUUCUUUCUUGCUUGUUUGCUUCCUUUCUCUUUUUAUCGUCGUACUAUCUUUCUCUAUCGCUAUCUCUCUCCCGCACUAUCUCUAUCUCCUUUCUCUCUCUCUCUAUCUCUCUCCCCUUUGUCUAUCUCUCCCUCCUCUCUCUCUUUUAUUCCUCUCCCUCUUCCAUCACCGCCUUAGCUUCCUCUUAUAUACUCGCAAUUCUAUUCCUCUUCUUCUUCUUCUCCUUCCUCUUCUUCUUCUUCUUCCUCUUCUUCUUCCUCUUCUUCUUCUUCUUCUUCUUCUCCUUCCUCUUCUUCUUCUUCUUCCUCUUCUUCUUCCUCUUCUUCUUCUUCUUCCUCUUCUUCUUCUUCCUCUCCUUCUUCUUCUUCCUCUUCUUCUUCUUCUUCUGUUUCUUUUUCUUCUUCUUCUAA